GCCAAAUUAAAAGGCACACACUCGCUUUAUGUUAAUGAAGAGCUGUCCUCCAAGUACAACGGAAAAAUGACUUGGGCUAUUGGCGGUAACUGCAGGAGAGCGCACAACCUCGUCCAGGGAAGACUUCUAGAUUGUACCCGGUAAUCCACGUGCAUCUUGCCGGAACGCUUCACCCAGCGGAGGCACAAUUAAUGCAACAAGAUUGCUCUCGGAAUCUGGUCCAUUGACAGAAAACUUGAGGCAUGUAACUGCUUUUUGUAGGGCGAUUCUUCCAAGCUGCUGAGAGAGGAUGAAGCCAGUCCAUGGGCGAUGCCUCCUGCCUGCCUCUUGGCAUGGGAGACUGCUGGUGAUCCUGGCAGCUUUCGCCUGGUGUUGGCGCAUCUGCCUGUCUUGUCCUAAGCCAUGUGCCUGUUAUGUACCCACCGAGAUCCACUGUACCUUCAGAUAUCUCAACGCCAUCCCAGCAAACAUCCAACCUCAGGUGGAACGCAUCAAUUUGGGUUACAAUAACCUGGUGAAAUUAACAAGUGGCAGCUUCACUGGCUUGAGAAGUCUUGAAUUGUUGAUGCUUCACAGUAACAAGAUUGAAGAGAUACCGGACAAUACAUUCAAAGAUCUGCAGUCCCUGCAGGUCCUGAAGAUGAGCUACAACAGGGUGAAAGCAUUGAAUCGUGAGACUUUUCAUGGUCUUCGCAAUAUAGUACGGUUACACAUGGACCACAACAAAAUUGAAUUCAUAAACCCUGAGGCAUUCUAUGGGCUCACUUCAUUGAAACUGCUCCAAUUGGAAGGAAACAUGCUUCAGGAACUGCACCGAGAUACAUUUGUUACAUUUCGCUUCAGCCAGAUCUUCAAAGCUUCUUCAAUUAAGCACCUUUACCUGUCAGACAACGCGUUAACAUCCAUUCCAAGUGACCUCCUGUCUUACAUCUCAGAAAUUGAAAGUAUCUACCUAAAUGGCAACAAAUGGUUUUGUGACUGUAAAUUGAAGUGGUUAGCUGAACUCAAUGAAAAACAACCAGGAAUACUUAAGUGCAAACGAGACCGCAACGACCCUAGUGGUCAGAUAUGUCCCCUGUGUGUGAACCCAAGUAUCUUCAAGGGCAAGGAUAUAUUACAGUUGCCAUCCUCAGCGUUUGUUUGCACACCCCCAAAGAUCCAGUCUCCACUGAAGAUCAGAAAGAGCGUCUUGGAAGAAGAGGGGGACUAUGCUGUCGUUCAUGCUCAGGACUUUGUGGCUCCACUGGGUCAAAUGAGUUUGAACAUGAGUGACCAGUCGGGGAACGGGUGUGAAAUAAUUUGCAAUGUUCACAGACCUUUAAGAACCCCAGGGGUGACCCUGGAUCCAAAAGAAGACCACGUGCUGCUAAACACAUCCUUAUCAACCUUCCUAGUUUGUUACAUUGAUUACGAGAUGAUCCAACGUCUAUGGGGCAUCCUGGCAAUGUAUACGGACUCACCACUGAAGCUCGAGAGGGACAGGCUGCUGAGGAAGACACCUUCCAUGAGCUACCUUUACAGGCAAGCCUCAGACGUGGAUAUGCACAUUUACACCGGUGUCCAGGCAGAGAUCAGAGCUGACCACGCAUGGCUAUUGCAAAGCGAGAUCUCUCUGCAGAUGGAUAGGAGCAGGACGACUCUCAAUGUCUUGCAGGUCAGUUAUCAGGCGAGCAUCCAGGUGACGUUGCAGGACUUGGAAGCUAAGCCGGGGAAAGGCAGCUGGGUGAUGAUCAAGAGAGCGAGCAGUGUGAGGACGGAACAUUUCAUAGUGAUGGGUGGGACCGUGGAGUUGGAGUGCCAGGCAUUUGGUGAGCCCAAGCCUAUCAAUGAAUGGAUACUUCCAGAUGGCAGCAAAGUCCGAGCCCCCUACAGCAGUGAGGACAGCCGGAUUUCAGUCACUGUGGAUGGCCAGUUCAGAUUGAGGCUUGCCGACCUCUAUGACACCGGCAUCUAUCACUGCAUAGGAACUAAUUACCAGGAUGCAGACGUGAUGAGCUUUAGGGUUACAAUUCUGGACCCCAAUGUUGCAGAAAAGGACCUAAAUGGACCUUCCCUUUCUAAAUCCACUGGUGAGUCGAUACAUUUGCCAUGCAAAGCCUCUGGAAUCCCAAAUGCAUCUGUACGAUGGGUUCUUCCCGACCACAGAGUUUUAGAUCAUGCCACUGCGAGUGGGGUGAUCAUGCCGAAUGGGACGCUAAGCUUAAGGAAGGUCAGGGUUAGGGACAGCGGCUUUUACAGGUGUGUGGCUUCAAACCGUUACGGUGUGGAUGUUCUAGCACUGCAGAUGACGGUAACUGGCCCCUCCAUUUCCCCCGGGAAAGAGAGUUCUGGAAGUUAUGACUCAUUAGAGGAGGGCAGAGGGUCAGGGGAGAGUGAGGAAGAGCUCUUGGGGUCUGAAGAGGUGGACUGGUUAACCACCAAGAGCACGCCAGAGCCCGAACCGGAUCACUCUGGCACACCGGAGGCUAGAACACAUGCACCAACCACCGUGCCACCAGUCGUCAAACCCAGGAGAAGGAUGGGUGGCUUCAGAACUCGCUGGGGGGCGAACCACAGGAUCCUGAAGCAGCCCAGAAGGAGGGUGGACCCCCAGCGCUGGGCGGAGUACCUAGCAAAAGUCAGGAAGAGCGUUCUGGCUAAGGCAGUCACGCAAAGAUGGAUGACCGCUACACCUCGGGGGACUACCCCGGCCACUCGAGAGGAGAGCGGAGCAUCGGGAGAUGAGGCGGGGACCCCAGAGGAGGAGGAGUUCAUAAUAGUCAGCACCCUCCGGCCGCGGGAGGCUGUAAUCACUGGGGUAUCUCCUGGAUUAAGAGCAAAGGUUGCCCACACAGACGAAGCUCCAGCGGGUGCACAAUCUCCAAUGCAGGUUCAACAUAUCGAGCCGGAAGAAAAGGUUACAAUAUCCCCUGAGCAAAAGGUUCUUACGGACCCCAGUCUGCAUUCCAUGGCGAUAGAUUCACUCUACAUAGGAAAACCCACUCAAUCAGUCGAUGCAGAAGAGCAGCUGACAUUUCCAAAUGAUCUACCGGGCUCCCAUAUCGUGGCAGCACCAACACCAACUACAUUGGUGACUGAUGCACCAGAGAAAGUAGACCACAAUGUCUUUAACGGCGGGGCUCUGACUACACAAAGUUCUCGUGCUCACACUACGACCAUCACCACAGAUUCCGAUCGAUUCCUUCUCAAGAGCACCCAGACGACCACCAUCUCUCCAAACCUCCUGCUCCCCUCAAUGGUUACACAGAAGAUCCACAUUCUAAAGGAAUCCACCACUGACACCUUAGCUUCCAAACCGAGGAGGAUGGGCAGGAGAAGGAAGUUGUCCUUUAGGAGGCGAUUCAGCCGACCAGGGGCAAGGAGACACAGAGUGAGACCUGGGCAGCGGGGAACCUCGAAUUCUGCACUGACACAGUCACAAUGCACAUCCUCUGUCACUGAGGCCCCAGAGAGACCCCCGCUUCCAUUGCCUGUUCCAACACAGACCAAGGUUGGAUUAGCAUGGUUUCAACAACCUGGAGAUCUGGUGGAUCCGCCUUUUGAGAAAAACUCCCAAAAAGUAAGCACUCAGGAAGUGACACUGACCUACAGGGAGGAUCGUUGGCUCCAGAUGACCAGUCCUGACAGCAGAACAAGAACCCUUGCUUCUAAAAUCACAACACAACCCCCUCAGAGCACCCCAAGUGCUAGACUGACUCCAACCAUGCUUGUCAGCAAGCGACCGACAGAAAGACCAUCCCAAGCUAGCUUCUCUUCAAAUGCCCUAGCCACUGUUCAUCCCACUAGCAAACGUCCUGUGGUAGUCCAUGGGAGAUUUCCAUGGGGUCAGCUUUUUGGGGCAAACAGGCAAAAGGUCAAUCUCGGAAGUCGUGGUAAGGUCUUGCAAAGUGCCUGGAGUACAAUUGCUACUCAUGGGGCAGUUGCUCUUACAAAGCCCACUCUCUGGAGUGUGGGAACCUCUGUGCCAACAACAGACCCAAUUCGACUUCUCCCCUCCACCACACCUGACCCAGUUACUACCACCGAGCCAACCAGGCUGCCCUCCAUUACCUCCACAAGUGAUGUUGUAAGCCCCACCCUCCCAACCAUGGUUGAAACUGUGCCAGUCACGACCCAGACUCUCCCUACCACAUCGACCACCACCCAGCCAACUCCAACUACAAGAAGAAUUUUCUUCCGACGCAGGAGGCCGGGAAGACCCUUUGGCAGAACAAGGAACCGUGUGAACUCGUCGCGGCCUGGAAUGGGUCGGACCCGGACAAUGGAGAGCAGGAAUAGCCGACCGACACAAAACAGGAUGACACUGCCUCCAACCGUCACUGUGACCAGUAAAGUGUCUCUCCCAGUUGCUGUUGAGAUGACUGGGAAUCCUGUGCCAAGUCCAACUACAUCCAGGAGUCAGUAUGAUUCAAAGCUGUUGGCUCCAGCCAGCAGUAAGUCUCCCAGUCAGCCCACUGCAACCAUCCCUGGCACCUUUCCAUCACACACCACCACCCCCCAGAGGUUCACAACCACAGUGAGCAUACCAGCCACCACCACAAAGGCAAUUAGCCUGCCUAGUAUCCGAAAUAGGAAUCCCCCUCUGCUGAUGGCAACCACCAUCCCUGCCGGCAUUUCCACAGCCAUCACCCCAAAUCCCGAACCAAGCAUUCACCCCACAACUGUGAUUGUAACCUCUGCGCACUCCCUCACCACCCUCCAACCAACCUCCAGGACUAACCCUAGAUUCCAAAUCACCUUGCACAAGUUUGAGAGGCAGCGGCCUCCCUCACGCCCCAAGUUCAGGGCGAACGGGCCACGCCGGGAAAAAUCCCGCAGCUGGCUCUUUGGGGCGGGUGAAGCGGUCACCCCGCUGAGUUUGACAGAAGCGUCUGUGGAGUACGGAGCCGCCACGCCUAACCCUAAAGCAGAGCUUAAAAACACCAUAGAGGACAAAGACAACAGGGAGGAUCUGUCCAGCGAAUCCGACCCUUCGUCACCCAACUUCAUCCCCGUGGACCCGGCGCUUGGAAAGCGGCCCUCAAAACCAAGUAUAAGCAGCGAGAUGGCAGUCAGUCUCACAGUGUUGGCUGAUUCUGAGGCAUUCAUACGGUGUGAAGCAACUGGAGAUCCGCUCCCCACCAUCCGAUGGACGAAAAUCUCCACUGGGGCAACUGUCACAGCUGCCACCAAACGAAGCAAUAAAUUUGAGGUGUUUCCAAACGGUACUCUGUCCAUUCGAAAGAUCAAAGUUCAGGACCGCGGACAGUACCUCUGCACAGCGGAGAACCAGCAUGGCUCUGAUCAGCUCUUGGUUACUCUCUCUGUGCUGGCUCACCCAUCCAAGAUAUUAGAGCCUCGGGUAAAGAACAUCAUGGUCCACUCGGGAUACCCGGUGAAGAUGAAGUGCAGAUCUCAGGGACGCCCCUCUCCAACCAUCUCCUGGAUUCUGUCCAACAGGACCAUGGUGAGAAACAGCAGCCCAUUCAACGGGAGAGUCUCGGUGUCAGUGGAUGGCACACUCCACAUCAAAGCGGUGACCGUGUACGACCGAGGCAACUACAGAUGUGUGGCCAGCAACCCAGCCGGGAUUGACACGGUCACGGUGCGGAUGCAAGUGGUGGCUGAGCCUCCUGCCAUCCUGGAGGAGAACUACCAGCAUCUGGAUGCAUACGUGGGGGAAAACAUCAGACUGCCUUGCACUGCUUUGGGCACACCUCAGCCCACCGUCCACUGGCUGGUCUUUGAUGGUACUGAAAUCAAGCCCUUGCAAUUUAUCAGCACAAAGCUUUUUGUCUUUACCAACGGCACUCUUUAUAUCAAAUCCUUGACCCUGACUGACAGUGGGAAUUACGAAUGCGUGGCCACCAGCUCCAGUGGCUCGGAGAAGAGGACUGUUAGACUCCUGGUUCAGCGCAAGCAGGAGAUGCCAAAGAUCAUGGCAGCUUCACCCAGUAGGAACAAGCUGAACUACGGAGAUAAACUUCGACUCCACUGCUCAGCUACAGGAUACCCAAAACCCCAGAUCCUCUGGAGGUUACCUUCCAAGAUAAUAGUGGAUCAGUGGCACAGGAGGGGAGGCCGUGUGAUGGUGUUGCUCAAUGGGACCUUAUCAAUCGACUCCAUCACUGAGAAUGAUGCAGGGAACUACCUCUGCAUUGCCCGCAACAAGCUCGGGGAUGACCUGAUGUCGGUGAAGAUUGACGUGUCCAUGAAGCCGGCACUGAUUGAACACAACCAGUCCAUCCACAAGCAUGUGUCAUAUGGGGGAGAUCUCCAAGUGGACUGUAAGGCUUCUGGGGCCCCCAAACCCGAGAUCUCCUGGAGUUUGCCGGAUGGGACCAUGAUCAACAAUGUCCUGCAGGCUGAUGACAGUGGUAGGCGGACUCGUAGGUAUGUCGUGUUUGGCAACGGGACCCUCUACUAUAAUAAAGUGGGGAUGGCGGAAGAGGGGGAUUACACGUGUUAUGCACAAAAUACUCUUGGCAAGGAUGAGAUGAAAGUUCACGUGACUGUAGUGCCUGCACCGCCUCAGAUUAAGAAGUCCUAUAAGCCCCUCCGCAAGGCAAGGUUUGGCGAAGCUGCAAUGUUUGACUGCCAGGCAAUAGGAAAACCACUGCCAAAGAUAUUAUGGAUGUUGCCAACGAACGAAAUCAUCUCGUUCUCCAAGAACAGAUACCAACUACAUUCCAAUGGCUCCCUGCUCAUCAGAAACGUCCGGCUGUCCGAUGCUGGGAAGUACUUGUGUAUUGCCCGCAACCCCGGUGGUGACGAUACUGAACUCAUGCAUCUCAGUGUGGUCCUAACCCCACCAGUCAUCAACGGUUUCCACGGGAACAGGACCGUCGUUAAGGACAUUGCGGUGAGGCACUCGAGGAAGCAGAUACACUGCAAGGCAGAGGGCUUUCCCCUGCCCCAGGUCACUUGGAUCAUGCCGGGCAACAUUCUGCUGAGUGCUCCUUACUACGGCAGCAGAAUUGUCGUCCACUUCAAUGGCACCUUGGAAAUCCGCAACGUCCGGGCCUCAGACGAAGACCAGUUCACUUGCUUGGCUCGCAAUGAAGCGGGCGAGGCCGCAUUGGUGGUCCACCUGGACGUCACCCAGAUGCUCAGGAGGCCCAUGUUCAAGAAUCCAUUUAACAGGAAGGUCAUCGCCAGCACGGAAUCCACCGCCGUCCUCAACUGCUCAGCAGAUGGCUACCCACCUCCGGAGAUUAUCUGGAUCCUACCCAACGGGACGAGAUUCACCAGUAGACACAAGGCUGCCCGCUUCCAGGUGGGGAGCAAUGGCACCUUCUUUAUUCACAGUCCCACUGCGGCAGACGCGGGCAAAUACCGCUGUGCAGCCAGGAAUGAGAUCGGAUACAUAGAGAAACUCAUUGUCUUUGAGGUUGCCCAGAAACCCACCAUCCACACUCAGCCACCAGGAUUAAUACGAAGCAUAAGCGGAGAUGCCUUAAGUCUCAAUUGUUCUGCAAGUGGGAGUCCAGUACCAACUAUUGCAUGGACUACACCAAGCGGUCUUGUCCUUAAUAGGCCACAGAUCAAUGCAAAAUAUAUCCUGUUUGAAAAUGGGACUUUGACUAUUAGGGAGAUAAGCACACAUGACCGGGGUAAUUAUAUGUGCAAAGCCCGUAAUAACGCUGGUGUCUCCUCCUUGGUUACACCUGUCCUGGUCAUGGCCUACGCACCUCGGAUAACCAACGGUCCCCCCACAUCCAUCCAUCCGAGGGUUGGAUCACCCAUUCAACUCAACUGCAUGGCGAUUGGAAUUCCCAAGCCCGAAAUAGUCUGGGAGUUACCCAAUCACAUGGUGCUUUCAACGUUCGGUAAGGUGCGCCCCACUGGGAGGGAGUACCUGCAUCCACAAGGAACAUUAGUGAUCCAUAGGGUGUCCAUUACCGAUUCAGGGACUUACAAAUGUACAGCCAGAAGUCGUCUCGGCAUUGACUCCAGAGUAACGUUCAUUCAGGUCGUCUGAAGCGACUGCUCUUCAUAAAAUGAAGUCUUCCUCCCAGAUAUUCUUAUAUUCAUUUUUGAAUAAUGUUUACAGACAUUAAUAUUAACCAGUGCCAAACACACAAACCAAUGGACUGGCUCUUUUCAGCCAUGGAAGGAAUAUUUUAUUUUCUUAUUUUCAAAAAAUCUGAUUACGUAGGGCGUAAUUUCAAACAAACACCACCUGUGACCAGUUUCAGAACAAACAGAAUGAAGAGUAAUAUCAGAUGACGAUCCACCCAAAAAGGUGCUGUUCCUCUGUGUAGAGUUUGGGUCACCACGGUAGUAAAGUGGUUAGCUGAACGCUAUUACAGCUCGCGGCAUCAGUGUUCAGAGUUCGGAUCUGACACUGCCUGUGAGAAGUUCCUACAUCCUUCCCGUGAGUGCCUUUGGUUCCAUCUGGGUGCUCCAUUUGCUUCCGUGUUCCGAAGGUUAGUUAGUUAUUGUAAAUCAUCCUAUGAUUAGGCCAGGGUUAAAUAGAUGGGUUGCUGAACGGCGAGGUUCAUUGGGCUGGAACCACCUGUUCCAAACUGUAUCUCUAAACAAUUAUCUCAUCAAGACUGCACGGAGAGGCAACUUGUCAUAUUAUCUAUCGUCAUGAAAACUUUUCUGAAAAAUUGGCAGAGCUGCAGGACUAAUGGAAGGGAACCUUGAAUUACUUUCUCAUUCCAUUGAUGUUACAAUCUGUCACAAAUAAAAAACAGAUUUCUAAAUUGUAGAGAAUGGUGAAAUCACAGACUAGACUCCAUUAUACGAUAAUUUAUUCUUUGCUUCUUUAACAUUUGAUGACGUUCUUUCAACAUUGUAAAAGAUAUUGCAAUCAAACAGCAGAAAUCAACAUCAUUAGAAAUUGAGAAAUAUUUAGAUAUACCUUUCAUCUUUUACGUGCAAGUCAAAAGAAUUCCCAACAUGACCACCCAUUGCAUUACUUACAGCUUUUAUUUCUGCAUUACACUUGCAAUCAUUUAACAUGUAACAGUAUGAAUCCAGGUGUAACUAAAAGUCAGGUGUAAUAUAAUUGAUCUUUACUUUGGAAAACUCUAUAAUAAAAG